AUGCAAGUCGGAAACGGGGAUUUUGCAUUUGGGGCUGACAUCACCGGACUGCAAAGCUUGCUGCCGUUCAACAUCCUGUCGACCUGGUGUUGGUGCAACGACUCGCUACCAACCACUCCAGGCCAGACGGAGCCGUCCGACUUCACGGGCAUGGACUGGUGGACGCACGAUCGCCUGGUCAACUACGAUAUUCAAAACCCGGCCGAGGCAGCAAUCUCGCAGUGGUUGAUUGCCAACCCGCAUCGAGCCAACCUGGGUCGAAUCGGGUUUCUAUACCAAGGGGGGGACAUCCCAAGUGAAGAAGUGGCUGGUAUUGUGCAGAGUCUGGAUCUCUACAGUGGGGUAAUAAGUUCGCAGUUCACGUUGCGGGGGACAGAAGUCUUAGUCACGACAAUAGCGGACCCACUGUCUGAUACCGUCUCUGUGGACGUGAAGUCUGCACUGUUGGCUAAUGGGUCGUUGAGUGUGUUCUUUGACUACCCAUUGACCACAGGCGCGAACAAGUUCGAGGCUCCAUUUGUAGGGAAUUUGAGUUUGGUCAGAGAGCACAUCACUGCUUUGCAAAGGUUAUCCGCUCAAUCAGCUGUGGUCAAGCACGAAGUCGGUGGCACGGAGUACUACAACACUAUUGCAUGGGAGCAGACAGGCAGUAUCCGCGGCCCGAUCAACGGGACUCAUCGCUAUGUUCUCCAGCCUGCUGGAAAGGCAAGCACCUUCUCAUUUAGCGCUAUGUUCUCUCCAUCAUUGCAGUCGAAAGUCAAAUCAUUCAUCGCCGUCAAGAAAGCCUCAACGCAAUGGUGGAACGACUACUGGGAAUCGGGCUCAUUCGUCGACUUGACGGCUUCUACCUCCUUGGACGCUGAAGAACUCCAGCGCCGUAUCAUCCUUUCACGAUACUUGCUUGCCGUCAACAGUGCAGGGCAUGACCCGCCACAAGAGUCUGGACUCCAGAACAACGGCUGGUACGGCAAAUUUCACCUCGAGAUGGUAUUCUGGCACCUCGGCCACUGGGCCCGUUGGAACAAAUGGGACAUUUUGAACCGGAGUCUCGGUGUUUACGAACGAUUUCUGCCCUCUUCAGUCGAGCGCGCCACAAGGCAGGGAUACACCGGUGCACGCCUUGGCAAGAUGAGCGACCCUUCAGGUGCAUCAGCCCCAGGCCCACAAAACGCACUCCUGAUCUGGCAACAACCACAUCCGAUGUAUUUUGCGGAGCUGGAAUAUCGGACAAGUCCGACCACCGACACACUGAGAAGAUGGGAGACAAUCUUGGAUCAACUUGCAACAUGGAUGGUUUCGUAUGCGUGGUGGAACGUGUCAACCCAGGUGUACGACCUUGGCCCGCCCAUGUACCCGUCCUCGGAGAACACUAGCCCUAACUCGACAUACAAUCCAACCUUCGAGCUGGCAUACUGGCGAUUCGGACUCAAGAUCGCUUCGGAUUGGAAGACGCGACAGGGUCGGGAGAUCCCAGCGUCAUGGACGCAUGUGCUGGAUAAUCUCGCACCGUUGCCCGUCGCGGACGGCGCGUACUCCAUCUGUGCGGAUCUGCCAGACAUGUGGACAAAAAGCAGAUAUACGUCGGACCAUCCUAGCCAAAUAGCUGUCUAUGGCCUUCUGCCACAGACGGUGGGGGUGGAUUUGUCUAUCGUCAAUGCGACUAUGGGUCGAAUUGCGCAGACGUGGAACUUCUCUAAGUCGUACGGAUGGGACUUUCCAAUGCUGGCUAUGACGGCCAUCCGCUUAGGGGACAUUGACCAGGCGAUCUCUUAUCUGUUACACCCUAACUUCCAGUUUGAUGAUGUCGGCAACCCCGUCGGGACCGUUGUACCCACUCCAUAUUUCCCAGCGUCGUCUUCGUUGCUGCUCGCUGUGGCGAUGAUGGCUGGCGGGUGGGAUGGGAGCGAGGGUAUGCAUUUUCCACCAGAGUGGAAAGCGAUCGUAGAGGACAUCUCGACAGGUUUAUAA